AGAUAAACACCUGUUCGUACAGAUCAUCCUGAGCCAGAGUGGACGGGAACCGCUUUGAUACAACAUACAUUUGGACCAGCAAUCGAUCCAAGACGGGGGUUUCGGACCUAAAAUGUCAGACUUGAAAGGCAAGAGAAAAGAAUAUCUAAGUGUGAAGGAUCUGCAGAAGGUUUUGGACUCGUGCAAACUACAUCUGAGUCAAGUUGAUGAGGUCUGGCCAAACAUAUACAUAGGGAAUGUGGCAGUAGCCCAAAACAAGACUGCUUUGCAGAAAUUAGGUAUAACUCAUGUAUUAAACGCUGCUCACUCCAAGCGAGGCAGCAUAGGGAACCAAAGCUUUUAUGGCAACGGCUUUGUGUAUUGUGGCAUUCCAGCAGAUGACUCAACACACUUUGAUCUGGAUGUUUACUUCCAGCCUGCAGCUGAUUUCAUUCAUAAAGCUCUGAAGGCACCUGAUGGGAAGGUUCUGGUGCACUGCAUCAUGGGAAUGAGCCGGUCAUCGACCUUGGUGUUAGCGUACCUCAUGAUCUACCAUCACCUCACGCUCAAACGGGCUUUGCAGAAAUUGAUCGAGAAGAGAGCCAUCUAUCCCAACAGGAAUUUCCUGGCUUUGCUGUUGGAUCUGGAUCUUCAGCUGACAAGAAAAAAGAAAACAUGUCAGAUACUGUAAUCAAGAGAAGUUUAUACUUUUUUUAGCCACACAGCAGCAUUAUGUCUAGGGAUGGUGAUGCCGGUCGGUCUGUUGGUCCAGACUGAAAUAUUUCUAAUCGAUUGUCAUGAAAUUCGGUUCAACUAAUGACUAAAUAUCUGUGAGACUCCUUGAGUAGGCUAACAGUAGGCUAAUCUAUCAUGUUGGCAUGUUAAACGUAAAAAUAAAAAGAAGAAUGGGAAAGCUGCACACAUUUAACUACACAUAAUAACUCAGCCCUCAGUUUUUAAUUAGCAUGUUAAAUGUUGACAUAAUAACAUUAAUAUAGGCCUACUAAAUGUUAUUGUAAGGAGAAAAUCUGUACACUCAUAACUUAAAAAAAAAACUCAAUCAACAUAAUAAUCACAUAAUGCUGUCUUCUAAAUAUUAGAAAGUUAUGCCGAGUUAAACAUUAGCAUGUUAACCUGCUAAGUAUGCACAUGUUAACAUGCUAACAUACUAAGCAUUACAUACAAAAUAUUAGCAAUUUAAAAUGCUAAUGUUGGCAAGCUGACAUGGUAUUGUAAAUAUUAGAUGCCAACAUGUAAGCUAGUUGUUAAUAUGCAUUAAAACAUGAUGACAGUAUGUUAACACGCUAACAUGUCAGCAUUCAGCUCAGUGCACAGCUGAGCCUAAGUACACUUCAAACUGGAAAGAAGUCUCGGCAAAUUUGACAACGCAGAAAUGUGGCGGUAACAACAUAACAUGGCCCAGAGCCGUAUACGGCUCUGACAUGGCCUGUUCUCUGGCCCCACCCUGAGGCCAAGCUUUACAUUGCUUGCAUCACUAGUGGUAAAUGAGUUGCAAAGUUGUCUCUCAAUUAGAAUAAAAUGUAGUUGUCUGCUUUAUAAUGAGCUACAUAACUUCCUCAUGGACCUGCCACCAUGGUUAAGGACUUUAUUGUUCUUUUGUUUUUUUAUGUUUUUGGAGGCAGUGAUGUUAAAAACAAAUAAUGUCUUAACAAAAAGACAGUUUGGAAACUUGAUGCAAUGCGAAGUGAAAAGCGAAAAAAGCGAAAAGCGAAGACUGAACAAUUAUUGCUAAUGAUUUGAUGGAGCUUUUAUGACUAUUUAUUUAUGUCUUUCAGUUACCUCUCAUCCUUGUAAGAUUUCAUUUUCUUCAGCACCUCACUUUAUUUACAGCCGAAUGGACCAAAUUUCUUACGGAAAAAUGUGUUUACAAAGCAUCAGUUUUUUUGUAAACUCUGUAGACGACUCAGAAAAGAUUCAUGUUUCUGCAAUUCAACAUUCAAACUAAAAAUGGGAAUCAAUCUACAGCACCCGUCUCUUUAACAAGACCACCUCAUCAGUGUUCACAGAAUGAAAUUCCUUUGGUGUAUUUGUCAAGUUAGUUGAGCUGAUCAUCACUGUACAUCAAAAGGUUUCAGAUCUUUUGAUUGUCCAGGUCAAACACAAAAAGCUUCAAACAUGCAUCUACUAUAUAAUAGUUUGACAGCAAUGGUUCCUAUUUGUUAUAAUUCAUUAUCUCUCAACCUCACUGUAUCACACAUGUAGUACACACUGAAUUAUAUAUUGCAUAUUUGUAUUGUUGGAGUCAGAUGUUCAAUUUCAAAGGGUUUCAUUUAUGGAUAUUUUAUUUGAAUACAAGAAAAAUAAUAUAUUAAAUUUGGACGUUUUGCAAGGAAACAUGAUAAAAAUAUAUGUAUUGUAUAAGAUACGUAUUGUUUGUACUUAUGUUCAUCUUUCUUGUGUAAUUCUUUUUGACAUGCUACUUUUAUGCUUUAGCCAAGACUAUGGCAACAUCACAGUUUUAACUGUAAACCUUAUUUCAGUUUUUCAGUUUUAUUUACUUUAUAUGCGGAUCAUUUAUAAACGAUCCAAAUAUAUAGUAAAAGAGAUCAGAAACUCCUGACGUGACCAAAUGUACAGGUGUAAAUUUUAACACAUCACUGUGGAGAAGAAUCUCAGUAGCGACUGUGUCAGAUUUAAGCUUAGCAGCACUGAUCUAAUUCUGUUGCUAUUGAAAAAGCUGUGUCCUAUCCUCCCUCGUCUGCUGGUAGCUCGGGUAACCUUAAAGGAAUGCAGAAGAUGAUGCCAGAAUUAUUUUGGGCUGAGAUUCAGAUGUUAAAAUAGCAAAAAAGGUUGCAGGGUAGAUUACCAAGGAGAACGCAGACAGUUGUGCUGUCGACCCACAUGUAGCUCUUUUACAGAGACAACUUGAAAAGCAACGUUUCCAGCCAAGGCAAGUGUCUGCUAACAAUGUGUUGUUACGGAUUUGUUGCAGAUAGAAGUCCAUGUUGGAAAAUAUUGAUUAGACUUUACAGUGUAUGGAUUUAAAGUACUUAUACCUUUGUUUGCAGGGUAAACAUGUUUAUAAAGCACUUUAAUAAAUGAGGAUGUACUGUGA